AGCUUGGUUACUGACUGCUGGAAAGUAGCGCAGACCUGUCUCUUUGUUACCAACUUUCAAGACCGUCUUUUGGCGACAAUGGCCAUGGCCGACCGGUUCGGCAGGACGUGUGUAUUUGCUUUUGCGCUCGUGGCCACUGUAUUAGUAUUACAAGUCAGUGGAAAUGAGGAGAGGCAGUUGAUUGCAGAUAAGUUUAAGAACUACAAUAAAAAUAUUCGACCAGCAAGAAACAUUGAUGAAAAAGUGAAGGUUCAGGUCAAGUUAACCCUUACCAACCUCAUCUCCUUGAAUGAAAUAGAGGAGACUCUCACUACAAAUGUUUGGAUUGAGAUUCAAUGGCAGGAUUACCGUCUUGCAUGGAAUGCAUCUGAAUAUCACGGCAUUGAUACGAUCCGUGUGCCAUACAACACUGUGUGGCUACCAGACAUAGUUUUGGAAAACAACAUUGAUGGCAAGUUUGAUGUGGCAUACUAUGCUAAUGUGUUGAUAUAUAAUGACGGCUCCAUGUACUGGCUUCCCCCUGCCAUCUACCGCAGUACCUGUACCAUUGAGAUCACCUACUUCCCUUUUGACUGGCAGAACUGCACACUAAUCUUCAGGUCUCAGACAUACAGUGCAAAUGAAAUUAUUAUGGUAUUGGCAGAAGAUGCAGAUACAGGGAAGCCUAUUGAGUGGGUGGACAUCGAUCCUGAGGCCUUCACAGAAAACGGGGAGUGGGCAAUCAAGCACCGUCCCGCCCGUAAGAUGAUUAACUCACGUUACUCCCCCGAUGACCUAGAGUACCAGGAGGUGUAUUUCAACCUCAUCAUCCAGCGGAAACCACUCUUCUACAUCAUCAACAUCAUCCUGCCCUGCUCUCUCAUCUCCUCUCUGGUUGUUCUGGCCUUUUUUCUACCUGCAAAAGCUGGAGGGCAGAAGUUGACUGUGUCCAUUUCUGUACUGUUGGCUCAGACUGUGUUUCUCUUCCUGAUUGGUCAGAAGAUUCCAGAAACGUCACUUUCCGUGCCUCUUAUUGGCAAGUAUUUAAUUUUCGUCAUGUGUAUGACCACACUGAUCGUGACCAACUGCAUUAUUGUCCUCAACUUCUCCCUCCGCAGUCCUAGUACACACAACAUGUCGCACACCAUCAAACAUAUUUUCCUCGUGGUGGUCCCUCGUUUCCUUGGCAUGGCCUCAUUUGUGGAUGAGGAGGAGCCAGUUGGAGGGACGUAUGAAAUGAGGGAGAGGCGCCGCAGUUCGUUUGGGCUGAUGCAGAGGGCAGAGGAAUAUGUUUUGAAACAGCCACGCAGCGAGAUGAUGUUUGAUAAACAGAGAGAAAGACAUGGACUCAUGCGCUCAAUUGUGGAUGAAAUUGAUGUGAGCAGUACGGCAAACCUAUAUAAGAGUCUGGCAAAGACAGCACCAGAAAUAAAAGAGUGUGUGGAUGCCUGUAACUUCAUUGCUGAAUCCACUAAGCACCAGAAUGACAUCGGAUCUGAGAUGGAGAGUUGGGUGCUGAUUGGAAAGAUGAUUGACAAGGUUUGUUUCUGGGCAGCCAUAUUGCUAUUCUCUGUUGGAACAGUGGCCAUCUUCCUCAUGGGUCACUUCAACCAGGCACCUGAUUAUCCAUUUCCUUGGGAGAACAAAAAGUACUUACCUGAGUAGAGAAGAAGCUCUGAAGACUCUGUCCAACAGGUAGAGAGAUGGAACGAGCAAAGAGGCAAUUUCUUUAUUGCAUAAAAAAAUA